AAUUUGACGGGAUUCACUAAUUGGAACUUGGUGUUGGGAGUCCCCGUCGACUCGCACUCGACAGUCGAUCGCCAACAAGCCCAAACCCGGAGAGAGCCGGAGGAGAUCCGUCGUCUCCCGCAUCCUCACCGGCCGCCGGCGAUGGAGAAGGGCAAGGGCCUCGCCCGCCGCUGGGCGGUGGAGCUCCACGACGCCUCCUCCUCCUCCUCCUCCCACUCCUCCAUCCCCGACCCGCCCGGCUUCACCAGAUCCGCCCCCGACGCGGACGACGCCGCCGGCGCGCGGCAGCGGAAGGAUUCCGAGACCGCGUGGAAGGCGCAGAAAGCGUGGGAGGUGGCGCAGGCGCCGUUCAAGAACCUGAUGAUGAUGGGUUUCAUGAUGUGGAUGGCCGGGAGCACCGUCCACCUGUUUAGCAUAGGUAUCACGUUCUCCGCUCUGUGGCAGCCCAUCAGCGCCCUCCGCUCUGUUGGCAAAGUUUUUGAACCAUUCAAGGACCCAAGGGUGGAUACUCUAGCACCUAAGUUGGUCUUUAUUGCUCUCAACUUGGCAGCUAUGGGUUUAGGUGUAUGGAAGCUCAAUACGUUGGGUCUUCUUCCAACAAAUGCAUCAGAUUGGGUGUUUUCACUGGCUCCUGCUCGGGAGGUUGAAUAUGCUGGUGGAGGGAUCCCCUUGCACUGAAACCUUUAUGUGCUUCAGUUAGUACUUAUUAAAGUUUUACCACUUGGAAGAUGGUGUCUGUACUAAGCGAAAAAUUACCCUGCAGAUGGGACAAGUCUGGUUUUUGUGAGGAUCAUAUUUCAGCACCUGUACUAAACUUGCACUAUAUCUUGAGACAAGUAACUUACAAUUUCCUUGACCCCUUUUGUUUACCCUGGUUAUUUAUACAGAGUCAGUUGAUUCUUAGUAAA